GGCGUUUGACAAACAAUACAGUUUGACAAAACAUCCGCUCGCAUUAAACGCGAAAUCGAUAUGUUCAUAUUGAACUCGCCUGUGUGGUCAGUCAUGCAACUGAAUUCUCUCGAAUCGACUUAUAUCAGGAGUUGACAGUUGACAGUUGGAGAACUACGACAGCGCUUAGAUAGCAUCGCUCAUCACGCCAAUUACGAAAAUGACAUCGACAUUAGUUUCCGAAGUCACUGACGGUAAUAGAAUCCACCUUUGGAAUCAGCGAAUUGCUGCUUUUAUAGGUAAAUGUGGACAAUAUUACUUUUAUGUACACAGCAAAUUAGUAAUCCUUUUGUUUGAAAAUUUAGCCUCUCUCGGCGGUUUCGCUCUCGGUGUCACACUCGGUUGGAAUUCUAGUACAGGAGAGGUCCUUCGAAAUAUCUUGAACGCUAAUAAUAUCGAGAUUGGCCUUAUCGGUAGUAUCUUGAACGCCGGUGCCUGCAUCGGUGUAAUAUUCGUGCCUUUCUUUAUAAAAUACCUCAGCCGUACCACAAUCAUAUUCUUGACUAUACCAGGAUUUAUCGUCGGGUGGGCGUUUAUCUGCUUCGCCGGCCAGAAAAUUUUACUUCUUAUAAUUGGUCGGUUCAUAUGUGGUAUGAGCGGUGGAGCGUUCUGCAUUCUGACUCCGAUUUAUAUCGCGGAAAUAGCAGAUAAAGAUUUGCGAGAACAACUUCUUAUGUAUUUCCAUCUCUUGAUCAACUGCGGAAUUAUGUAUGCUUUUGUGGUCGCCCAUAUCUUAGAUGAGCGCGAUACUAUAUGGAGAUAUAGCUUAAUCUGCGCUGUGACGUGCCUCGCGAUUGCAUUAAUAAAUCUAGUGCCUGAGAGUCCUCUUUAUUAUCUCACGAAGAACAACGAAAUUAAGGCCAGAGAUUGUCUAAAAUGGUACCGUGGCCAAGCUUGUGAAGAUGAUAUCGAAAUGGAAGAAUUAAAAUAUCUCGCUGUUGCAUGCCACUCAAAAAAGAGCCCAAUGAGUGUCUUAAAAAACCGAUAUAUUAUAAGUUGUUUUUUCACAUGCUUCUUCGCAUUCUUGGCCCAGCAAUUGAGCGGCGUUAAUACUAUGAUCUUUUACGCAUUGACGCUUUUCAACGUCGGCGGAUCGGGCAAUUUAACUGCAAGCGAACAGACCAUCGUUAUUGGUGGCAUACAAAUACUAUCUUGCUUCCUAGCUACGGGCCUCAUAAACAUAGUCGGACGUCGAAUAUUACUAAUUGUAUCCUCGACGCUUAUGGGACUGUUCUUGAUACUGUUAGGAUGGUUUUAUGCAUUGAGGGAGCAGGAUCCAGAGUACGACGAUAUCUACUUCUGGAUGCCGCCGACUUGGACAGCCCUUUUUUUCGCCGCUUUUAAUAUCGGUAUCGGCCCGAUAUCGUGGGCGUUGCUCGGCGAUAUCUUUCCGAUGCAAAUAAGGGAGACCGCCGUUGCAUGUGCAGCCACUUUCAACUGGCUGCUAUGUUUAAUAGCAACGAUGACCUUUGGAGAAAUGUUGGAUGUUCUUGGUGUUACAAAGACCAUGUGGCUCUUUGCUGGCUUUUGCUGGCUAGCAGGAAUCCUUUGCGCCCUUCUUGUAAAGGAUACUCGCGGUCACAGUUUGGCUAAAAUACAAAAGAGCUUUGGCAUCGACAAUAGACAAGAAGAAACAGAUAGUGAAGAGCGGACCUGAAAUAUUGGAUAAAAUACAGAAACACAGAGAUGUGAAUUAUCUGCCAAUUCUGAAGAAAAGUUUGCCAGAAAAUAAAUAUUUUAUAAUACGCAACAAG